AUGGCACCACCAAAAACGCUUACAACGCUACCGAAUGAGGUUCUGCUGCGCAUCUGCAAGCUCCUUUCCGACUCACACUUUUCCAGCCUGAGAGCGCUUUCACAAGCCAACCGACAUUGUUUCUCUGUUGCCGCCGCGGCUCUCGUUGAUACAAUUACCUUUUACAUCGGUGAUCCCGCUCAAUUGGCCCAAGAUGUUGAGAACUGCAAACAAGUACUCCAGCAGCGGAAUCACAAUUUAUUUUCCCAUGUUCGCCGCCUCAUUAUAGUUGGCUGCAUGGGGGAGCUGGAUAGUAGGCAGAUUAAUCCGCUUCACCCCGAAUACGCAAACCGAUCCUGGCAUCUAUCACUGCCCUAG